AUGUCCCUCUCCAACCUCGCCAACGUCUGCUCCUCCAUCACAAACGCCUCCAAGGCCCGGCUCGCCAUCACCUCCAUUCCAAACACGAAGCUACACCUCCGCCUUGCCCUCGCCCUGCGGGACGCCGGCUUCAUCUCCACCGUCGUGCUCGCCGGCCGCACCCCGCCGCCCCAACACAUCCUCCUCAAGAUCCCGGCCGCCAACGACGAGCUCGAACCCAUCGAGCCCGUCACGCGGGAAAACGUCGCAUCGCGCCGCCUCUGGCUGGGGCUGAAGUACUGGCAGAGCGACCCGGUCCUCAGCAAGAUGUCGAUGGUCAGCAAGCCGACGCGGCGGCUGACGCUGGAUGUGCCCAAGUUGAGAGAUAUUGUGCGCGGCAAUAAGCGGGAGACGGUCGAGGGGCUGCGGUUGCCGGGGGAGUGUCUGUUUUUGUCGACUAAUCAGGGGAUUUUGGAGGCAAGGGAGUCGACGAGUUUCCCUGUCUCUCUUCUACCUUCGAUAGAUGGCUAG